CAAACUCUGCCAUUCUCCAUAGCCCGGAGUUGAAAGCACACUGAGGGAACCCAGCACGGUGUGACAGAAAGAGAGAGAGCAAGUGACAAAGUAACUAAUAAAACCAGUGAAAUAUACAGUGAGGCUUCGUGCCUUGAGAAAGAACGACAGAGUACACGAAUACGUUCAAGUUUGGUGAAGAAAACGUGGUGGAAAAGUUUUCUGGGCUGUGGCAGAAAGCUGUGGACCGCUGAAGAUGCCAGAGCAAAGGUGUUGAACCUUCCAGAAGGAAAGAAAAAGGAAGACGGGGGAGAGUUUGAGCAUUAGACUUGGAAAUUCAGAAAGAACAAGGGCUGGCACGGUCCACGCUAGGGGACAGGCGAAGAAGUAACACAUCAGGUACAUCUUCAGGAUGGCUGAUGAGCAGGACACAAGGGAAGUGCUUUUCCCACAGUGGAUGGGCGCUGAUAAGCAUGGGCUCACCAUUGAACAAAAGGGUCAAGGAGAGAUUUUUGUCAAAGAGGUGAAAGAUGAGUCCCCUGCUGCACAUACUGGGAAUGUACAUGAAGGUGACCAGAUUGUCGGGGCCACCAUUUACUUUGACAACAUGAGCUCAGAAGAAACAGCUGAACUACUAAAGACUCUAAACCAACAUAAGGUUGGACUGAAAUUACAAAACAAGACUGGAGACAAGUCACCUUGCCGUUCUCCAAUGGGGACAUUGUCAUGGGAAGGACGUGGAGGGUUAGGAGGCUCUAGUUCAGACAUUUUCCUGAGUGGGGAUGACGAAGACUAUAAAAGAAUCUACACUAAGAAAAUUAAACCAAGACUAAAGUCUGAGGAUCUUGCUGAGGGUGUUGAUGUACGCACAGAACGUCACAGCAGCACAAGCAGUGAUGGUUGCACCAUUACUACAAUCACUCGUCGAAUAACUACCUACACUGUGGAUGUGCCUGGGGCUAGUCAGCAGAUUGAUCACUCAAGCCCUGAGUUCAAAAUUCAGGUUUUGCAACAUGAGCAGUUGGAGGGGGAUACUACUCCGAUCAGAUUACCACAUAGUAGCCUUGUUAGUGGUGUACACAGAGGUAUAAAAAUGGGUGACAUAUCUCUUAGCGGGCCUCAUAUGACUGGCUCCUGUGUGAAGCACUGUAGCACAGAAUCUUCCAAAACAACAAGUGAAUUAGAUGGUAGUGGGAAAGAAAUUACAUUUAAUGUGUCAGACACUGGACUGUCAGGUGGAGAAGAACAGAGGGUGAUAGAACAUAUUCGAAGGACUGAAGUUACUGCAGGGAGUAGUGAACACUCUGGCAACGUUACCAUGGGGUUAGGCAAAGACGUGAAAAAUAUUUAUUCUCCAAGUAUGAUGGGAGGAACUGAACUUUCUACAGUAAAGGACUCUCAUGUUUCAGGUUUUUCCAUUAGUGGAGAUACAGGGGACACUAUUGGGAGAGAAUCUUUGUCUAAAUUUCAUAAGGAUGGAUCUGAUGAUAAAACCAAAUUGUCUAAGGUUACCAUAGAUGUUCAGAGACCCAAGGAAAGUCCAAAUGUAGAGGUGAAUUUUAACAAUCAAAAUCUCAAAGAUUUUAGUCAGAGAGGUUUUAGCAUAACUGGGAAUCAGGAAAUUUCAGCUCAGGAACCUGAUACAGUAGUAAGUCUCUCCAAAACUGAUGUUAAAAUCACACCACCAGAUAUGGACAUUAGGGGUCUGGAGCUUAAAAUUGAUGGACAUAAGGGUAUAGUAAAAGAUGUUACAUUUGAUGUGCCGUCAAAUACUGCUCAAAGAAUUUCUAUGCCAGAUGUGGAUUUGAACCUGAAAGGACAAAAAGCUAAAAGAGAUUUGUCUGCUCCAAAUGUUGAGGGAGUCAAAGGUGACUUUACUGUUCCAAAGGUCAAAAUACCCUCAUUUGGAUUAAAAACUUCAGAAGUGAAGGGUCCUGAUGUUGAUGCAAAUCUUGUCAAAGCCAAAAUGGAGAUUAAAACACAAGAUGUGGAUAUGAAUACUCCAGAGCUUAACAUUUUGAGAUCUGAAGGAAAAGUUAAAGAUCCCCAAAUCAAAAUGCCAUCAAUCUCUGGUCCUAAGAUUUCAGUGUCUGAAAUUAACUUAAAUGUAAAAGGGUCAACACUAAAAGAUGACAUCAACGUGUCUACUCAAAAAGUGGAAGGAGAUGUUAAGGCACCUAAGAUUGAGGGUCCAGAACUUCAAGGUACUGAUGGUCAUUUUAAAAUACCAAAAAUGAAAAUGCCUUCAUUUGGAAUCCAUGCUUCAAAAGUAGAGGGCCCUGAUGUUGAUGUAAAUCUUCCCUAUGCUGACAUGAAAAUCAAAAGUCCAGAGCUUGACAUUAAUGGAUGUGAGGCAAAGAUCAACGGCUCCAAAUUCAAAAUGUCUAUGCCAGAUGUUGACUUCAACCUGAAAGGUCCAAAACUGAAAGGUGAUGUUGACAUGUCCAUUCCCAAAGUGGAAGGAGAUCUUAAAGCACCAAAAGUUGAGAUUGAAGGCCCAGACAUUGAAGGACCUGAGGGUCAUUUUAAGAUGCCAAAGUUCCACAUGCCAUCAUUUGGAAUGAAGGGUCCAAAAGUGGAGGGUCCAGAUGUUGAUGUGAAAAUCCCUAAAGUCAAUACUGAAGUUAAGGCACCAGAUAUUGACAUUAAUGCUCCAGAGUUAGACAUUGAAGGUCCUGAGGGAAAAAAAGGCCCCAAAUUCAAGAUCCCAUCAAUCUCUGGCCCAAACAUUUCUAUGCCAAAUGUUGACUUCAACCUGAAAGGUCCAAAACUGAAAGGUGAUGUUGACCUGUCCAUUCCCAAAGUGGAAGGAGAUCUUAAAGCACCAAAAGUUGAGAUUGAAGGCCCAGACAUUGAAGGACCUGAGGGUCGUUUUAAGAUGGCAAAGUUCCGCAUGCCAUCAUUCGGAAUGAAGGGUCCAAAAGUGGAGGGUCCAGAUGUUGAUGUGAAAAUCCCUAAAGCCGAUAUUGAAGUUAAGGCACCAGAUAUUGACAUCAACGCUCCACAGUUAGACAUUGAAGGUCCUGAGGGAAAAAUCAAGGGCCCCAAGUUCAAGAUCCCAUCAAUCUCUGGCCCAAAUAUUUCUAUGCCAGAUGUUGACUUCAACCUGAAAGGUCCAAAACUGAAAGGUGAUGUUGACAUGUCCAUGCCCAAAGUGGAAGGAGAUCUUAAAGCACCAAAAGUUGAGAUUGAAGGCCCAGACAUUGAAGGACGAUGGUCGUUUAAGAUGCCAAAAUUCCACAUGCCAUCAUUCGGAAUGAAGGGUCCAAAAGUGGAGGGUCCAGAUGUUGAUGUGAAAAUCCCUAAAGCCGAUAUUGGAAUUAAAGCUCCAGAUAUUAACAUCAACGCUCCAGAGUUAGACGUUGAAGGUCCUGAGGGAAAAAUCAAGGGCCCCAAAUUCAAGACAUCAAUCUCUGGCCCAAAUAUUUAUAUGCCAGAUGUUGACUUCAACCUGAAAGGUCCAAAACUGAAAGGUGAUGUUGACAUGUCCAUUCCCAUGGAAGGAGAUCUUAAAGCACCAAAAGUUGAGAUUGAAGGCCCAGACAUUGAAGGACCUGAGGGUCAUUUUAAGAUGCCAAAGUUCCACAUGCCAUCAUUCGGAAUGAAGGGUCCAAAAGUGGAGGGUCCAGAUGUUGAUGUGAAAAUCCCUAAAGCCGAUUUGGAAGUUAAGGCUCCAGAUAUUGACAUCAAUGCUCCAGAGUUAGACAUUGAAGGUCCUGAGGGAAAAAUCAAGGGCCCCAAGUUCAAGAUCCCAUCAAUCUCUGGCCCAAAUAUUUCUAUGCCAGAUGUUGACUUCAACCUGAAAGGUCCAAAACUGAAAGGUGAUGUUGACGUGUCCAUUCCCAAAGUGGAAGGAGAUCUUAAAGCACCAAAAGUUGAGAUUGAAGGCAAAGACAUUGAAGGACCUGAGGGUCGUUUUAAGAUGCCAAAGUUCCGCAUGCCAUCAUUCGGAAUGAAGGGUCCAAAAGUGGAGGUUCCAGAUGUUGGUAUGAAAAUCCCUAAAGCCAGUAUUGAAGUUCAUGCACCAGAUAUGGAUAUCAAUGCUCCAGAGUUAGACAUUGAAGGACCUGAGGGAAAAGUGAAGGGCCCCAAGUUCAAGAUCCCAUCAAUCUCUGGCCCAAAUAUUUCUAUGCCAGAUGUUGACUUCAACCUGAAAGGUCCAAAACUGAAAGGUGAUGUUGACAUGUCCAUUCCCAAAGUGGAAGGAGAUCUUAAAGCACCAAAAGUUGAGAUUGGCCCAGAUAUUGAAGGACCUGAGGGUCAUUUUAAGAUGCCAAAGUUCCACAUGCCAUCAUUUGGAAUGAAGGGUCCAAAAGUGGAGGGUCCAGAUGUUGAUGUGAAAAUCCCUAAAGCCGAUAUUGGAAUUAAGGCUCCAGAUAUUAACAUCAACGCUCCAGAGUUAGACAUUGAAGGUCCUGAGGGAAAAAUCAAGGGCCCCAAAUUCAAGAUCCCAUCAAUCUCUGGCCCAAAUAUUUCUAUGCCAAAUGUUGACUUCAACCUGAAAGGUCCAAAACUGAAAGGUGAUGUUGACCUGUCCAUUCCCAAAGUGGAAGGAGAUCUUAAAGCACCAAAAGUUGAGAUUGAAGGCCCAGACAUUGAAGGACCUGAGGGUCGUUUUAAGAUGGCAAAGUUCCGCAUGCCAUCAUUCGGAAUGAAGGGUCCAAAAGUGGAGGGUCCAGAUGUUGAUGUGAAAAUCCCUAAAGCCGAUAUUGAAGUUAAUGCACCAGAUAUUGACAUCAAUGCUCCAGAGUUAGACAUUGAAGGUCCUGAGGGAAAAAUCAAGGGCCCCAAGUUCAAGAUCCCAUCAAUCUCUGGCCCAAAUAUUUCUAUGCCAGAUGUUGACUUCAACCUGAAAGGUCCAAAACUGAAAGGUGAUGUUGAUGUGUCCAUUCCCAAAGUGGAAGGAGAUCUUAAAGCACCAAAAGUUGAGAUUGAAGGCCCAGACAUUGAAGGACCUGAUGGUCGUUUUAAGAUGCCAAAAUUCCACAUGCCAUCAUUCGGAAUGAAGGGUCCAAAAGUGGAUGGUCCAGAUGUUGAUGUGAAAAUCCCUAAAGCUGAUAUUGGAAUUAAGGCUCCAGAUAUUAACAUCAACGCUCCAGAGUUAGACAUUGAAGGUCCUGAGGGAAAAAUCAAGGGCCCCAAAUUCAAGAUCCCAUCAAUCUCUGGCCCAAAUAUUUCUAUGCCAAAUGUUGACUUCAACCUGAAAGGUCCAAAACUGAAAGGUGAUGUUGACAUGUCCAUUCCCAAAGUGGAAGGAGAUCUUAAAGCACCAAAAGUUGAGAUUGAAGGCCCAGACAUUGAAGGACCUGAGGGUCGUUUUAAGAUGCCAAAAUUCCACAUGCCAUCAUUCGGAAUGAAGGGUCCAAAAGUGGAGGGUCCAGAUGUUGAUAUGAAAAUCCCUAAAGCCAGUAUUGAAGUUCAUGCACCAGAUAUGGAUAUCAAUGCUCCAGAGUUAGACAUUGAAGGACCUGAGGGAAAAGUGAAGGGCCCCAAGUUCAAGAUCCCAUCAAUCUCUGGCCCAAAUAUUUCUAUGCCAGAUGUUGACUUCAACCUGAAAGGUCCAAAACUGAAAGGUGAUGUUGACAUGUCCAUUCCCAAAGUGGAAGGAGAUCUUAAAGCACCAAAAGUUGAGAUUGAAGGCCCAGACAUUGAAGGACCUGAGGGUCAUUUUAAGAUGCCAAAGUUCCACAUGCCAUCAUUUGGAAUGAAGGGUCCAAAAGUGGAGGGUCCAGAUGUUGAUGUGAAAAUCCCUAAAGCUGAUAUUGGAAUUAAGGCUCAAGAUAUUAACAUCAAUGCUCCAGAGUUAGACGUUGAAGGUCCUGAGGGAAAAAUCAAGGGCCCCAAAUUCAAGAUCCCAUCAAUCUCUGGCCCAAAUAUUUCUAUGCCAAAUGUUGACUUCAACCUGAAAGGUCCAAAACUGAAAGGUGAUGUUGACAUGUCCAUUCCCAAAGUGGAAGGAGAUCUUAAAGCACCAAAAGUAGAGAUUGAAGGCAAAGACAUUGAAGGACCUGAGGGUCGUUUUAAGAUGCCAAAGUUCCGCAUGCCAUCAUUCGGAAUGAAGGGUCCAAAAGUGGAGUUUCCAGAUGUUGAUAUGAAAAUCCCUAAAGCCAGUAUUGAAGUUCAUGCACCAGAUAUGGAUAUCAAUGCUCCAGAGUUAGACAUUGAAGGACCUGAGGGAAAAGUGAAGGGCCCCAAGUUCAAGAUCCCAUCAAUCUCUGGCCCAAAUAUUUCUAUGCCAGAUGUUGACUUCAACCUGAAAGGUCCAAAACUGAAAGGUGAUGUUGACAUGUCCAUUCCCAAAGUGGAAGGAGAUCUUAAAGCACCAAAAGUUGAGAUUGAAGGCCCAGACAUUGAAGGACCUGAGGGUCAUUUUAAGAUGCCAAAGUUCCACAUGCCAUCAUUUGGAAUGAAGGGUCCAAAAGUGGAGGGUCCAGAUGUUGAUGUGAAAAUCCCUAAAGCUGAUAUUGGAAUUAAGGCUCCAGAUAUUAACAUCAAUGCUCCAGAGUUAGACGUUGAAGGUCCUGAGGGAAAAAUCAAGGGCCCCAAAUUCAAGAUCCCAUCAAUCUCUGGCCCAAAUAUUUCUAUGCCAAAUGUUGACUUCAACCUGAAAGGUCCAAAACUGAAAGGUGAUGUUGAUGUGUCCAUUCCAAAAGUGGAAGGAGAUCUUAAAGCACCAAAAGUUGAGGUUGAAGGCCCAGACAUUGAAGGACCUGCUGGUCGUUUUAAGAUGGCAAAGUUCCGCAUGCCAUCAUUCGGAAUGAAGGGUCCAAAAGUGGAGGGUCCAGAUGUUGAUGUGAAAAUUCCUAAAGCCGAUAUUGAAGUUAAUGCACCAGAUAUUGACAUCAAUGCUCCAGAGUUAGACGUUGAAGGUCCUGAGGGAAAAAUCAAGGGCCCCAAGUUCAAGAUUCCAUCAAUCUCUGGCCCAAAUAUUUCUAUGCCAAAUGUUGACUUCAACCUGAAAGGUCCAAAACUGAAAGGUGAUGUUGAUGUGUCCAUUCCAAAAGUGGAAGGAGAUCUUAAAGGUCCAGAUGUUGAUGUGAAAAUUCCUAAAGCCGAUAUUGAAGUUAAUGCACCAGAUAUUGACAUCAAUGCUCCAGAGUUAGACAUUGAAGGUCCUGAGGGAAAAAUCAAGGGCCCCAAGUUCAAGAUUCCAUCAAUCUCUGGCCCAAAUAUUUCUAUGCCAAAUGUUGACUUCAACCUGAAAGGUCCAAAACUGAAAGGUGAUGUUGAUGUGUCCAUUCCAAAAGUGGAAGGAGAUCUUAAAGCACCAAAAGUUGAGGUUGAAGGCCCAGACAUUGAAGGACCUGCUGGUCGUUUUAAGAUGGCAAAGUUCCGCAUGCCAUCAUUCGGAAUGAAGGGUACAAAAGUGGAGGGUCCAGAUGUUGAUGUGAAAAUUCCUAAAGCCGAUAUUGAAGUUAAUGCACCAGAUAUUGACAUCAAUGCUCCAGAGUUAGACAUUGAAGGUCCUGAGGGAAAAAUCAAGGGCCCCAAGUUCAAGAUCCCAUCAAUCUCUGGCCCAAAUAUUUCUAUGCCAGAUGUUGACUUCAACCUGAAAGGUCCAAAACUGAAAGGUGAUGUUGACAUGUCCAUUCCCAAAGUGGAAGGAGAUCUUAAAGCACCAAAAGUUGAGAUUGGAGGCCCAGUCAUUGGAGGACCUCAGAGUCGUUUUAAGAUGCCAAAGUUCCGCAUGCCAUCAUUCGGAAUGAAGGGUCCAAAAAUGGAAGGUCCAGAUGUUGAUGUGAAAAUCCCUAAAGCUGAUAUUGAAGUUAAUGCUCCAGAUAUGGACAUCAGAGCUCCCGAGUUAAACAUUGAAGGACCUGAGGGAAAAAUCAAGGGUCCCAAAGUCAAGUUGCCAACAAUGUCUGGUCCAAAGAUUUCUAUGCCAGAUGUUGACUUCAACCUGAAAGGUCCAAAACUGAAAGGUGAUGUUGACGUGUCCAUGCCCAAAGUGGAAAGAGAUCUUAAAGCACCAAAAGGUGAGAUUGAAGGCCCAGACAUUGAAGGACCUGAUGGUCAUUUUAAGAAGCCAAAGUUCCACAUGCCAUCAUUCGGAAUGAAGGGUCCAAAAGUGGAGGGUCCAGAUGUUGAUGUGAAAAUCCCUAAAGCUGAUAUUGGAGUUAAGCUUCCAGAUAUGGAUAUCAACGCUCCAGAAUUAGACUUUGAAGGACCUGAGGGAAAAAUCAAGGGCCCCAAAUUUAACAUGCCAUCAAUCUCCGGUCCAAAGCUUUCUAUGCCAGACUUUGACUUCAACCUGAAAGGUCCAAAACUGAAAGGUGAUUUUGACGUGUCCAUUCCGAAAGUGGAAGGAGAUCUUAAAGCACCAAACGUUGAGAUUGAAGGCCCAGAUAUUGAAGGACCUGAGGGUAAUUUUAAGAUGCCAAAAUUCCACAUGCCAUCAUUUGGAAUGAAGGGUCCAAAAGUGGAGGGUCCAGAUGUUGAUGUGAAAAUCCCUAAAGCCAAUAUUGAAGUUAAGGCUCCAGACAUAGAUAUCAAUGCUCCAGAGUUAGACAUUGAAGGACCUGAGGGAAAAAUCAAGGGCCCCAAAUUCAAGAUCCCAUCAAUCUCUGGCCCAAAGAUUUCUAUGCCAGAUGUUGACUUCAACCUGAAAGGUCCAAAACUGAAAGGUGAUGUUGACAUGUCCAUUCCCAGAGUGGAAGGAGAUCUUAAAGCACCAAAAGUUGAGAUUGGAGGCCCAGACAUUGAAGGACCUCAGGGUCGUUUUAAGAUGGCAAAGUUCCGCAUGCCAUCAUUCGGAAUGAAGGGUCCAAAAGUGGAGGGUCCAGAUGUUGAUGUGAAAAUCCCUGAAGCCGAUAUUGGAGUUAAGGUUCCAGAUAUGGACGUCAACGCUCCAGAGUUAGACAUUGAAGGACCUGAGGGAAAAAUCAAGGGCCCCAAAUUUAACAUGCCAUCAAUCUCUGGUCCAAAGCUUUCUAUGCCAGACUUUGACUUCAACCUGAAAGGUCCAAAACUGAAAGGUGAUAUUGACAUGUCCAUUCCUAAAGUGGAAGGAGAUCUUAAAGCACCAAAAGUUGAGAUUGAAGGCCCAGACAUUGAAGGACCUGAUGGUCAUUUUAAGAUGCCAAAAUUCCACAUGCCAUCAUUCGGAAUGAAGGGUCCAAAAGUCGAGGGUCCAGAUGUCGAUGUGAAAAUCCCUAAAGCCGAUAUUGAAGUUAAGGCUCCAGAUAUAGAUAUCAAUGCUCCAGAGUUAGACAUUGAAGGACCUGAGGGAAAAAUCAAGGGCCCCAAAUUAAAGAUCCCAUCAAUCUCUGGCCCAAAUAUUUCAAUGCCAGAUGUUGAUUUUAACCUGAAAGGUCCAAAACUGAAAGGUGAUGUUGACAUGUCCAUUCCCAGAGUGGAAGGAGAUCUCAAAGCACCAAAAGUUGAGAUUGAAGGCCCAGACAUUGAAGGACCUCAGGGUCGUUUUAAGAUGCCAAAGUUCCGCAUGCCAUCAUUCGGAAUGAAGGGUACAAAAGUGGAGGGUCCAGAUGUUGAUGUGAAAAUCCCUGAAGCCGAUAUUGGAGUUAAGGUUCCAGAUAUGGACGUCAACGCUCCAGAGUUAGACUUUGAAGGACCUGAGGGAAAAAUCAAGGGCCCCAAAUUUAACAUGCCAUCAAUCUCUGGUCCAAAGCUUUCUAUGCCAGACUUUGACUUCAACCUGAAAGGUCCAAAACUGAAAGGUGAUAUUGACAUGUCCAUUCCUAAAGUGGAAGGAGAUCUUAAAGCACCAAAAGUUGAGAUUGAAGGCCCAGACAUUGAAGGACCUGAUGGUCAUUUUAAGAUGCCAAAAUUCCACAUGCCAUCAUUCGGAAUGAAGGGUCCAAAAGUCGAGGGUCCAGAUGUCGAUGUGAAAAUCCCUAAAGCCGAUAUUGAAGUUAAGGCUCCAGAUAUAGAUAUCAAUGCUCCAGAGUUAGACAUUGAAGGACCUGAGGGAAAAAUCAAGGGCCCCAAAUUAAAGAUCCCAUCAAUCUCUGGCCCAAAGAUUUCAAUGCCAGAUGUUGAUUUUAACCUGAAAGGUCCAAAACUGAAAGGUGAGGUUGACAUGUCCAUUCCCAGAGUGGAAGGAGAUCUCAAAGCACCAAAAGUUGAGAUUGAAGGCCCAGACAUUGAAGGACCUCAGGGUCGUUUUAAGAUGCCAAAGUUCCGCAUGCCAUCAUUCGGAAUGAAGGGUACAAAAGUGGAAGGUCCAGAUGUUGAUGUGAAAAUCCCUGAAGCCGAUAUUGAAGUUAAUGCUCCAGAUAUGGACAUCAGAGCUCCCGAGUUAAACAUUGAAGGACCUGAGGGAAAAAUCAAGGGUCCCAAAGUCAAGUUGCCAACAAUGUCUGGUCCAAAGAUUUCUAUGCCAGAUGUUGACUUCAACCUGAAAGGUCCAAAACUGAAAGGUGAUGUUGACGUGUCCAUGCCCAAAGUGGAAGGAGAUCUUAAUGCACCAAACGUUGAGAUUGAAGGCCCAGACAUUGAAGGACCUGAUGGUCGUUUUAAGAUGCCAAAAUUCCACAUGCCAUCAUUCGGAAUGAAGGGUCCAAAAGUGGAGGGUCCAGAUGUUGAUGUGAAAAUCCCUAAAGCCGAUAUUGAAGUUAAUGCACCAGAUGUGGAUAUCAAAGCUCCAGAGUUAGACAUUAAAGGACCUGAGGGAAAAAUCAAGGGCCCUAAAUUUAACAUGCCAUCAAUCUCUGGUCCAAAGCUUUCUAUGCCAGACUUUGACUUCAACCUGAAAGGUCCAAAACUAAAAGGUGAUAUUGACGUGUCCAUUCCUAAAGUGGAAGGAGAUCUUAAAGCACCAAAAGUUGAGAUUGAAGGCCCAGACAUUGAAGGACCUGAUGGUCGUGUUAAGAUGCCAAAAUUCCACAUGCCAUCAUUCGGAAUGAAGGGUCCAAAAGUGGAGGGUCCAGAUGUUGAUGUGAAAAUCCCUAAAGAAGAUAUUGAAGUUAAGGCUCCAGAUAUAGAUAUCAAUGCUCCAGAGUUAGACAUUGAAGGACCUGAGGGAAAAAUCAAGGGCCCCAAAUACAACAUGCCCUCAUUUUCCGGUCCAAAGCUUUCUAUGCCAGACUUUGACUUCAACCUGAAAGGUCCAAAACUGAAAGGUGAUGUUGAUGUGUCCAUUCCUAAACUGGAAGGAGAUAUUGAAGUACCAAAAGUUGAAAUUGAAGGACCUGAGGGUGGUUUUAAGAUGCCAAAAAUGAAAAUGCCAUCAUUUAAAAUGAAGGGUCCACAAGUGGAGGGUCCAGAUGUUGAUGUGAAAAUCCCUAAAGCUGAUAUUGAAGUUAAGGCUCCAGAUAUGGAUAUCAAUGCUCCAGAGUUAGACAUAGAUUUGCCUGAAGGAAAAAUCAAGGGCCCAAAAGUCAAGAUGCCAUCAGUAUCUGGUCCUGAAGGUCCUAAUGUUGAGAUUAAUUUUCCAGAAACAAAUGUGAAAAAGCCAAAAUUCAAAAUGCCCAAGUUUGGAUUUAAAGGGUCAAAAAUUGAAGCACCUGAUGUUGAUUUCAAACAUCCGAAAGGAUCUAAAGUGAAAGGUCAAGCAGGUGUCAGUUUGGAGGGUGAUGUCUUCAUGCCAAAAUUGGAAGUUGAUUCUUCAAGUGUAGAAAUUAAAAGUCCAGAGGGAGGAUUCAAGAUGCCAAAAUUUAAAAUGCCAAAAUUUGGUUUUAAAUCACCCCAAGAAGAUAUUGAUGUCAGUGUACCCUGUGGUGAUGUUGAUUUAAAUUCACCUGAUAUUGACAUCAAAACAUGUGAUCUUGAUGUUGAAGGACCUGAGGGACGAAUCAAGGGCACCAAAUUCAAAAUGCCUUCUAUAUCUGGUACAAACAUUUCUUUGCCAGAUGUAGACUUAAACUUUAAAAGUCCAAAAGUCAAGAGUGAUAUUGAUGUUUCUGGACCCAGGAUUUCAGGGGACAUAAAGGCUCCAAAGAUGGAUAUUGAAUGUCCUGAUGUUGAUUUAGAGGGCCCAGAAGGUGGUUUCAAAAUGCCUAAAAUGAAAAUGCCAUUAUUUGGGUUCAAAGGUCCUAAAUUGGAGGGCUCUGAUAUUGACAUUAAUCUCUCCAAAGCAGAUGUUGACAUUAAAGGACCUGAAAUUGACAUAAAAACUCCUGAUCUUGACAUUGAAGGACCUGAGGGGAAAAUCAAAGGUCCCAAGUUCAACAUGCCUUCCAUAUCAGGUCCAAAGAUCUCUAUGCAAGAUGUCAACUUAAAUCUUAAAAGCCCCAAAGUCAAGGGUGAUUUGGAUUUUUCAGUACCAAAGAUUUCAGGGGACAUAAAAGCUCCAAAAGUGGACAUUGAAGGUCCUGAUAUUAAUUUAGAGGGCCCAGAAGGUGACUUCAAAAUGCCAUCAUUUGGGCUCAAAGGUCCUAAAGUGGAGGGCACAGAUGUUGACAUCAGUCUUCCCAAAGCAGAUGUUGACAUUAAAGGACCUGAAAUUGAUGUUAAAGUUCCUGAUCUUGACAUUGAAGCCCCCGAUGGUGGUUUAAAACAUGUUAGGCCCCUCAAAUUCACAGGUCCCAACCUUGGAAUAAAGCCUUCAGGUGGCAAUCUUUCAAUGCCUGAAAAAGAUUUAGGUGCGAGGAUUGAUGUCAAAAGCCCCGAUAUCAAUAUCAGUGGAACAGAUGCAAAUAUCAAGGUGCCAAAAAUGAAGAAAUCUAAAUUUUCAAUUAGAGUUAAGAGCCCAAAACUGGAUGCAGAUAUUCCUGAUUCUGGUGGUAGUGCAGAAGGGCCUGAUAUAGAUGUGAAAGAAAAUAAGGGUAAAUUCAAACUGUCUAAAAUGAAGGGAAAGUCUAAAACCUUUGAUGGUGAUCUCAAGUUGGAGACAAAUGAACCUGACCUACAGAUGAAGUCAAUCAAAGUAAAGAAACCUCUUUUUGGAAAGUUACAUUUUCCUAAUGUGGAAUUUGAUAUCAAAUCUCCAAAAGUUAAAGGUAGUUCAUCUGCAUCUGGAACUAUAAAAUCUAAUGUUGAUUUGCCUUCUGCAAGCCUUAAAACUGAUAUUCAGACACCAGAUUUCAGUGGUCCCAAUUUCCAAACAAAGGGGAAAAUCAAAAUGCUAAACCUCGGCAUUUCUGGCUCUGAGAUAAAUACUCCUGAACUGGAUGUUAGAAAUGUAUCAUUAGAUCUUCCAGAAAAAGCUUUUAAUUCCCAAGAUGUCAGUGUAGCAGGAUCAGGCAUUAAUGGAAAAAGCAGGGCUAACAUUGACUUAGAAGGAAAAAUACAGGAUGUUAGGUUGACAGUGCCUGCUGUAAAUGUUCAUGGUGGUGCUUUAGAUGCUGAUUUAAAUCUCACUGAACAAAAAGGAGUAAAAGGGAGCAUAGAAAUACCAGGCUUUAAUGUACAAGGACAAAAAGAAGAGACUGCAAGUGGGCUAGACGUGAAGCCAGAUGCAUCAUUAUCUGGUGUGAUGGAGUACCAAGAUGUUAAUGUAACCUUUCCUAAAAUCAAAGUACCAAAGUUUGGUGUUGCAUUGCCUAAAGUAGAUUCAGGUGAAUUGGCUGCUGGUUCUAAAGUUAGCUCCCAAAGUCUGGAAAUGGAGAACACUGAAAUGAAAAGCAGUGGUGGAAAAGUGAAAGUCAAAAUGCCAAAAUUAUUUACCAAAUCUAAAUCUAAAGGUGGUAGUGCAGCUGAUCUUACUGUUGAGGGAGAAGAAAAUGAUGUUACCAGUAAAGGUGGUGCAAAGGUGUCUAAGGAGUUUAGCCUUAGUUCUGGGGAAUUGACAAGUGGCAAGUUAGCAGUAGAGGGAAGUUCUGGGUUUAAAGUUACACCAAAGAGUAAAUCUGCCUCCCUUGACCUCUUAAAAAGAAAACCGCUUCACUCAUCUUCUGUAAGUGAUGAGGGAGGUUUAGCUUCCCCUGUUUCUGCUGAAGGCCACUUACAGACAGAGGGUGGCAAUGUUUCAGUUGAUGUUGGAGAAAAGGUUAAAGGCAAAAAAGGAAAGUUCAAGUUUGCCACAGUUGGAGGUUUUAGCUCAAAAAGUAAAGGUUCAUAUGAAGUGACCGAUGAAAGCGAAGUUAGAAUGGAGGGUGCUGGUGGAGUUGCUCAGUCUUCAAAGAAGUCCAGAAUGUCAUCAUCAUCUAGCAAUGACAGUGGUUCAAAAAGCAGUUUUCGGUUACCACGACUCGAAAUUGCGGUUUCCCAAAAAAAUAGUUUUCGCGCUAUUAUCUAUACACAGCACAUUCACAUACACACUUUUCUCUUUCAUUUAAACAAAAGUGCACUGCCAUAUUGAUUGUUUUCAAAACUCCCACAUAUGUUCUUUUCAGGCUUUGAUAUAUAUCUCGUUUUUUUAAAAUCACAAUUUAACUGUAAAUAAGUGUAAAUUUUUAUUUCGUUUUAUAGGUAGGAAAUUCAAAUCCAAUCCAACAAUGUGUGUAGUUAAUAUAAAAAUCAUCUUAUAAUUUGUUCUAUUUUUGUACCUUUGAAAAUUUUUGGAACACUGUAAGCACUUUCUAAAAUUGUCAGGACAUUUAAAUGCAAAAGGAAUGAUUUUAUUUAGAUUUGAAAGAAUUUUAAGACUUAAUCUUCACAUACAUAAUUAGUGCUGUAUCAUAUGUACUCAUCACAGUUUAAUAAUUAAUUUGAGCAGUGAUACACCAGAUCUCAUUAGUGAGCACAAUUAAGUUUUAAAUGCUGUACAAACUGUAAAUAAAUGGAUUCAAAACGAAUACAUGGGAAAUAAUACAUAACUUUGUGUCCCAAAUAUUAUGACAGUUCAGAUAUUAUGGAUUACAUUUAUUAUUAGAGAUUAUAAUCUUCUAAAAUAUUUAUAUGUAAGACUCUUUUUCAGUGAUUGCUCGCCAGGAAGCAGCUGGCAAAAGCUGUGACUUGCUUUGAUUUUUAAUGGUUUCAAAGGCUUGUUUUUCUUAGUUACAUUUUCCACAUUUCUCUACAUCCGGUUGACUCUCUCACUAAAUUAAUGAAAUAGUGUGCUGUCAUGUGAUGAUGUAACUACAAGAAUGCCAAUGGUAAAACAUUAAUAUUUUUAAAAGUCACAAAAUGUGCAUUGCCCUUGUAAAUAAUGGGACUUUUAAGCUGCAAGUUUCUAACUUUUUUUUCUUUGUAUCGGUUGCAAAAAAUAAAGUGAUCAAAUAUUCAA